AUGGAUACAAAUGAUCCUUUUUCCAAAUAUCAAAUUGGAGAAGUAGUAGGUAAAGGAGCAUUUGGUAAAGUUUAUAAAGCAUUAAAUAUUGAAACUGGUGAUUUCUGUGCAAUCAAACAAAUAGAGAAAUCAAUCAUUUCAGAAAAACAAUUACCUUCUAUAUUGCAAGAAAUCAAAUUAUUACAAACUUUACGACAUAAUAAUAUUGUUAGAUUUAUCGAAUCACAUGAAACAUCAAAAUAUUUAUUCUUUGCAUUGGAAUUUGUAGAAGGAGGAACAUUGGGAAAGAUGGUAAAACGUUAUGGCAAUUUUCAAGAACCUCUGCUUUGCAGAUACGUAUGCCAAGUACUUGGUGGUCUAGCAUAUCUUCACGAGAAGGGAGUCAUUCAUCGAGACAUUAAAAGCGAUAAUAUAUUGAUCACCAAGGAUGGUGUAAUUAAAUUGGCUGAUUUUGGUUCUUGUACCUACAGUGCUCUCGAUAGAAAAUUAACUGUAGUUGGUACACCUUUUUGGAUGGCUCCUGAAGUUAUUCAGAUGGAUAUGAAUGCAAGAUCGACAGCUUGUGAUAUUUGGAGUUUGGGAUGUACAAUUUUAGAGUUAUUAACUGGUAACCCACCAUAUUGGGAUCUUGGAACGAUGCCGGCCAUGUUUGCCAUGGUCAACAAUCCACAUCCACCCAUACCGGCCAAUAUAUCGGCCGAGUUGAAGAGUUUUUUGUUGGCAUGUUUUAUGAGAGACAUUAACAAGAGACCGACCGCAAACCAACUGCUCGAACACCCAUGGAUCAAAAAUCAACAGGCACAAGACCAAGACCACCCUAUCAAGCAUCAAAGAGGAGGCAGCAAGCUGUCGGUAUCGACUCACGCCGAGGGAUACCAAGACGAGGCGGUUGAAGAAGACGAAAACGAUCUCAAGGAGAGAAUCGCUAUUUUGGAGCUACAGAAAAAGGAGCAAGCUCAAACCAUCCAAAAAUUAAAAUACCAUUUUGUAAAGGCACUAAAAGAGAAAAAGGCAAUGAAAGAGAUGAUUGCACAGCUCGUUCAAGAGCGUGAUGGAUACAUGAUAAAACUAGGAUUGAAUCCUCCCCCUCCACCACCCAUCCUAUUACAAACACAACUCACACCUGGAUCGACACCAACACGCGCUGCUCUCGAAAAUGCAAACGAAGUGAUCAACGCAACUGGAGGAUCACAACACAAAACACAUCAUCUUCGAACGGGCAGCCAGAGCAGUCCGCUGUUGAAGAGUUCUGGCUCGUUUAGAGCUGGCAACUCGAGUGGUAGUCACUCGGCAGGUGACAGUCUCAACAAUGGCGGAGGUCACGGUUCAUCUUCAUCUUCAUCGUCGUCGCGAGCUUCCAUGGCAAACAUCCUCAACAAUGAAUUCUUCCAACCUCCCGACAGCUACUCUGACGAAGAGGACACCCCGUCCUCGCCGAUGGGAUCGCAUGAAUACCUCAUGAACGCACCCACCCUCAGCGAUCUUCAUAUAAUGGGACCACCCAAGGUCACCAAGCGUCCCGACCAACAGAUGGGCGGCUACCUAUCGUCUGGAUCGAACCUACAAGUGUACAGCAAGGAGUCGACCGUCGCAGACGUUUAUUCAAAAUCACCCCACCAAUACUCUGUCGGUGGUGGGCUGACUGUAAAUGCAAGCAAUCAAAAUUUAGAACAACAACAACAAGUAAAUAAUAGCAAUAGCAAUAGAAAACCACCAAUGUUACAAAAAGAAUCUUCACAAAAGGGUUUGUUGAAUCAAUAUAUAUCAUCACCAUCAAGGGAAAGAAGAGACAGCAUUGGAAGUAGUGGGAAAACAACGUUGGAUGGAAGUGGGAUGCUGAUUAGUGGCGGCAGCAGCGGCGGUAGCAGUAUUGGCAGUAGCAAUCUAUUAAGCACGAGUCAUGGCAGCAUAGGGUCUACUGGAUACAGCGCAAUGUCGUCCAAAAAGUCAAAUACCGUUUUACCUACCAUUUCAAUCAAUCACCAACAGGAACUCGAAAAGGAGGAGCAGCACGUGCCACCCGUCGAACAGGUUGUCGUCAAUGUGCAGCCACCCCGUGUUGGAGACACUUGCAAGGUCAAGUGUGGCGAGUUGGGUUGGUACGACGCCAUUGUCGAACUUGUCAGCGGUACAACCUUUGUCGUCACAAUCAAACCAUUCAAUAUCAAACAAGAAGUUUCUCAUUCCGAUGUCACCCUCGCACCUUUACAAUUACCUGAUAAUACCAAAAAGAAAGGAAAAUUUAAUCUUUUCAAAAAAUAG